AAUCAUUGCUUUGCAUUGAAGCAGAACCUGUGAUUGUCAGAGGCAGAUACACAAGGAUUUUAUGACCUGGGUGCACAUGUUUACAAGAGGUGGGUUUAUAUGUGAGAGUUGCCUCCCUUGGAACAAGGGGUAAGGCCUUGAUUAGUCAAUAACAAAAACAUAUGAACAGCUUGGAUCUGAAACAUGAGAGGUAUUUAUGGUAAAGUGCAUAUGUGCAUGGGAAAAACAGAAACAAACAAUACUGUUUAUCCUGCUCAUAAAACUCAUGGUCAAUUAUAAAAAAUAAUUACAUUUAGUGAUUGACACUAAAUAUGGUUAUCAAAACCAUUCUCUUGCAUCCUUCGCAUUUGCUUCCGCGUUCUUGUGUUUACUUCUGCAUUCUGUUAUCUGCCUCCAUAGUUACGUCACUUAGUUACCAGUGACGUCAUGUAUUAAAUGCGCGCCGGUUACGUCACUUUCUGAAUGUCAUUCGUGCCGAUCUUAUUGUGCCAUCAACACCAUUCGGUAAAAUCAUUCGAUCUGUUCUUCAUUUCGUCAUGCCUGGGAAAAGGAAGGCAGCUAUCAACCACUGGCUCGUGAGGACGGGGAAGGGCCCAAAGCAGCCAAAGAAGACGCCGGCUGUUGCAGUCGUUACAGGCGGUAACAUUUUUGAGAAUGUGGGACCAGUUCCGCAAAUGUGCGCCAGCAGCGGACCUGACACCAACACCCCUACCGGACGGGAUCUGGGACCUCUAGAUCGGAAGGUCCAGCGAUCCAUGUCGUCGAACACCUGGUCGACAUACCACACGAGCUUGCAGACGUUCCACACCUUCAGACGAGCCCAUGAGCUGUCACCACUUUGGCCGGCCCCGAUUGAUCAGGUUGUGCAUUUCAUUUCGUAUCUGUCGGUUAACCGUUACUCCAGCAGUACAGCUAAAAACAUACAUCUCUGCACUAUCAUCCUUUCAUAAGUUAAAUGGCCGGCAGGAUUGCACCGAUCACUUCUUGGUUUCUAAGUUACUUGCUGGCAUGUCACGUGACCAGUCGCGACGUGACACACGUAAACCAAUAACUGUUGAUUUGUUAAAGUUUAUAAUCCGUAAUCUUCCAGCGGUGUGCAGCAACGUAUAUGAGCAAUGUCUUUUCAAAGCUGUUUUCUGUGCCGCAUUCUUUGGAUUUUUCAGAGUGGGGGAGCUCGUACAGGCCUCGGUUGAUCAGCCAGGCAUUGCGACCAAUGACGUGAAGCUGGACAAAUCUGCCGGGCAAGUACAAUUUACUUUGAGACGCUCCAAGACUGAUAGGCUGAACAAAGGCGUGCUUGUUGCC